AUGUCCACAGGGCAUGAUGUUCCCUGCCCUGCACCAUCUCCGCCCAGGCGUGCGCCCCACCCUCGGAGCCACGAGGGCAGGCGGCUUGGCACGGGGGUACCUGUCCCAGGAGAACGAGCGGCGGUGCCGAGGGCUGCUGGAGGCCUCUUGGCAGCGGCUGUGCUGGUGACGCUGUGUUCGGUGGGCGGGUACCCUGCACUGCUGUACACGCUGCGCUCCAGCACGCUGACAGGCCACCACAAGGGAGACGUCAGUUUUCCGGGGGGCAAGCGCGACAGCUCUGACCAGGAUGUGAUCGCCACGGCGCUGAGGGAGACACAGGAAGAGCUGGGCCUGCGCCUGGAGGCUGAGAGUGUCUGGGGGGUCAUGAGACCCAUCCCCAGUGGGAGGGGACUGACUGUUGCUCCCGUCCUGGCAAAUCUAGGCCCCUUGGAGUAUGUGUGUCUGAACCCCAACCAGCAGGAGGUCGAGGACGUGUUCACCAUCCCCCUGUCUCACCUGCUGCAGGCCCAGAACCAGGGCUACACCCACUUCCGCCACCAGGGCCGCUACAGCCACACGCUGCCCGUCUUCCUCAACGGCCGCUACCGCGUGUGGGGGCUGACGGCCAUCAUCACAGACCUCACCCUGGAGCUGCUGGCGCCCAGCGCCUACCGCCGGAGAAUGCGCCCGCCCAGCACCCGCUGAGCCCCAGCCCACCUGCCCCGGCACCACAGAGUGGACAGAGCCAGCUGGCCAGGCUGGGGGAGGCGCCCUGGAGGCAGAGAGCGCCUAUGGGAAAGGCUGGGCAAGGUGCUGCCCACCCCAAGGGCAUAAGGGAUGGAAGACAGACUGGGGGGGGUGCGCCCACAUGCAGGAGCAUGGGACAGGACUGAAGGGGUCACCCCAGGAGGGAAUCCCCCCUACCCCCGUGAUAACACAGCUGUCAGGAGGGAGAGGCUGCAGCCUGCUGUAUUUCACGUGGGGCCGACAUAAACAAACCUCCCCAAGCUGUGUGCGGUCUCCCUGCUGCAGGGGAAGGGAGUGGCCCAGGCCAGGCACUGCCCCCUGCUAGACCUCAGCUCCUGCUCCGUGGGAAACAUCAACAGGGACUCACAUUCAUCCCACCCUUGUCAGCAAGGGGGGCGGGAGGAACACCUGGGACCCCGACCAGCCCCUUCCCCCAGGGCUAAGGAUGCUGAAAUGCCAUUGUCUGGCUCAUGGUAGAGUCGAUACAAUGGGUAUCAGCUAUGCAAUUAGUCGAUAGGCGCCUCUGCAGAGCCGCAGUGGAGGCAUGGGGGGGGGCGCUCCAGAGGAGCCGACUCGAGACCAGACUGAGCAGUCCUGGCUCCUGCCAGCUCCAGGGCCCCCGCGCUCCAGCUCUGCAUCUGAAAUGUAGGAAGAACCGCUGGGCUCUUAGCACAUUUAAAAUGCAGAGUCGCCUUGAUCAGCACCAGCUGGCACUGCUCAAUCUCGGCUCGCGCUGAGACCAGCAGCCCCCGUUUGUGGCACAGUCCUGCCUGCCGUGAACAGGGGCUGGUGCCUGAGCAGCCCCUGCCCACGGACAGCCCUGGGGUUGCUUGGUGGCAACAGCCCCUGUCCUUCAGGGGGGUGCAGUUCUCCACUGGGAAUCCUGUCGACAGGGGCUGCUUUGCAGGGGCUGAUAGAGGCAGCGAGGGUGGGGGGG